AUGGCUGGUGAGUUAGCACACUAGAGUAAUAACAUUCGUAAACAUUUUAGUCAGUCCAUGCGCGCAGACUGAGACGGUUAUCAAUAGUGUCGUUCGCUCAUUCAGAUAGCCAACAGCCUCCGACAAUGGCCAAGAAAAGAAAUCCAACGUCAUUCAACAAAAUUUGGAGCCCUGGCAAAGUGCGCUGCACUGGUAUUAGAGCUUUAAACACGCCGAAACACUAAGUUAUUAUAAGAUAUGUCAUUAGCUAGAAACAACUCGGGCCUUUUUCGGCAACUGCUUAAUUUCGACCACUUUAUACCUUUUAAGCGCAGGACGCCAACGAGGUUUCAGAGGGCGGGGCUAAAAUUAGAGUGAUUCACAAGCGGUUUGGCAAAUAAAAUAGGUAAGAGUCGGGAAGAAGACGUGUGUAUGAGCGCCUACAAACAACUCCAAACAGACCCGGGGUGAUGCCUGCCUCCAGGCUUUGCUGUUGAGAACACCUCCUAGCUGUGAGGUUGCUGCCAAGUUCGCGAUGUUGUACGCACCACGUACGCCCCUAAAAAUGUGUCAUCGGAGUCGUUGCUUUUCACGACGCCGACUUCUUUUGCGUCGCCAAUGCUGUAGACCAAUUUGCACCUGGCGGGGCUCCAUACGCACACUCGCACCCUGACUAAAAUAGGAGGUUUGGGCUUUUAAGAUAGUCUUGUGACGAUAUGGUUACGAAGUCCGUAGAGCCGUUUAGCUUUCGCAAUCCACUGAAUAAUUCUUCCGUGCGUUUUAUUAGUAGAACUCACACAUUUAUAAGUGUGACAUUGUUAUAAUUCUGGAAAGUGUGUACCACGGAGAAUAUUGAUAAGGUAUUAGUUGAGUCCACCUAAAUCUCACUGUAAGUGCUUUGAGGAAUUUACAACCCUAGUUAUGCGUCAACACUCAUAUCCGCAACAUCGCCAAACCCGUUUAAUGCGUGUUAUCUGGUUGAAAUUUGACACUUUGAAGCAUUGGACACAUAACACAUUUCAUCGACACUACCUUUUAGUCGCCCGUGAUUCCGAAAGUAUUGUACUAUUCUGCUGAGUUUCUAAUACAUUGCAUAAGCAGUAAUAAAAAUAUUGCCGACCUACAGAUCAUUUGUAAAGUGAUGUUGACGAAGUGUAUAUCUUUGAGUAUAACAAUACGUGGUGUUCAAAAUGUCUAUUUUCAAGUGAGUAUAGUAUAGUCGCGAAGUGGCGUGGUAUUUAUGAAGUCCUACGGACUGCCUUUGUGUUUUUGAUCUUGGCGAAAUAUUUGGUUUUUUUACUUCCGUUUUCCCGGCGUGAUCUCACGCAUCUGAUUAUUCAAGUGGAAAAUGGGAGUGGCGAAGAGGGAGCACAGAAUCCACCCUAUAGACUGCUGAACUAACGGCCAAAACCUCCCUCGGGUGGAGGUCGGGUUUUCGCACGGACCCCUUUGUGCAUUUACUUGUAAAAUCUGCUUAGAGAAGUGCGUCACUUGUGUUUCGGAAUUAUUGUAAGGAUUUUAUUUCGAUCUAUGUUUUUAUCGGAUGUUAGUGUAAGUUGCGGAGGGGGGGACAUUCACUGGUCAUGCAGUUUCUUUUUUCAUACCACAGGCAGAAGAUCACACAUUAUGCCGCGCAGAAAGCCUUCCUUCUCAUUUAGACUUAAUAGGUAAUUCCGCGAUCUGUCUUUCUCCGCCCUGCCAAUAGGAUGGAUAGUUUGCCGCCUCACGGGGCAUUUUUGGGGCUCUCAUCUCCAGACCCGACCUCCUUAAACCAUUCCUGAACUGUACCAUCUCUUAUCGUUACAACGUUGUUCGCUCGUUACAGACUGAGCUUACAGUGUUCCCUUUGUGGAACCUAAACGAGACAAAGGCGUUAAAAGCUCCCGACUGCCAUUACGGUUGGGGCGAGUCCGAAUAUAUACGACCAGUUUCGCGCAUCACAGUCAGGUAGCGCAUGAACAUUUGAAGGUUGCCGGGUGCCCGAAUUUUGUAUAAGAAAUUGAAACGUACUGAAGGAUCGUGACGUAUUUGGGGAUGCAUUCUAGAAUUACUGAGUAGAGGCUGACUAAAAGCUGGACGACACGAAGCAUUCAAUUGCUCCAGUUGUUAAAAUGGCGGCGGCCUUCGUGGGAUUUAAAUUCUUUACGGUGAGGACGUUGUUUUUUUACAAUCACCAUCCUAACCAACUGAGUUGCGACUUGUCCACUGGGGGCUGCUUAGAGUGCUGAUUAUAUCAAAGUCAUAUCCUUGCUGUAAACGGUUAGAAUCCAACUUAAGCCACAACGGUUUUCAGAAAUGAAUCAUUUAGAUUAGAGAAAUAUGUGAAAAACCUAUUUUGCAAGUGUUUACUCAAGUCUACUGAAAGUGGAACAGUUCAUAAUGCCUUAACGUAGUUCUACUUGUACGUACAGGGACAUCACCAAAGGGGAAAAUAAACCGGAAGCAAGAAGGUAGGAAAAAAACAGUCGUCUUUCGCUGAUUCCAGAGAUAACUAACCAGCUCUAACACUCUCUUUCUGCUGACCUGCUCCUCUAGGUAGUGAUGUAAACAUAUUUCGCACGUUUUUAUGCCUCAAGAAUUGAGCUCCGGCUUAAAAGAUAUUCGACUGCGGAUAAAAAAGAAGGGUAGCCGCCAUAUUGUGGUGUUCUUUUUAUACUGAAUUUAUCUAGGUUUAAAGGUGUUAAUGAUCUCGCAUGGACGGGGGGUCGAGCGUAACAAAGUGCUAUUAUCCUAUUUUGUAUAACUACAGUAGGUGGGCUAACUCAUGAAAUGUCAACCGAAAUUCCGAAAUGCGUUUCCGUUUCGAAAAGAUUUCUUAACUAGGGCUGCAAAACUCGUCAGCCUCCAACAUAAUUCUAUAAUAUUUCAGUUAUCUCAGGAUGCCAACUUUCGAAAGAACUUCCUACCGGGUGCAUGCAAAAACUACACUCUGUUAAAAAUGACUGCUUAAGUAGCAUACAUUUUUCUCAUCGAUUUUCGAUGUCCCUAAAAGUUCGAUUAUAUUUCAUGGAGAACAUGCAUAGAAAUAUUCAUCCUUUUGCUCAUUCGGUAGAUAAUUACGUCCUCUUCCAAUCUUAUACUCGAAGGAAAGGUGUAAUUUGGUUUUCAAAAACUCUUUCAAUUCCCGAAUAAUUUUGAACCUGACCUGCCGUUGCACUUGGCUUCAGGGUUUCCAAACUACAAGCCGUAUAUUUUCUGCGCACGGAAAACCACACAUUUAUCUACGGUCAUAAAGGGAAAAUAUAUAGGUUUCAUAAAAUUUAGCAGUGGAUUUGAUCCAUAUUGUUUACUUUACAAGCCACAUUGGUAAAUACAGAGACAUGACGAUUUAUGAACGGCAAUUCCACGGUAUUUAAAAGUCCCAGAAUUAGAAACUUUAAAACCGAAUUAUCUCCCUCCUUCGAGCAUAAAAUUCGAAGAAGACGUCAUUUUCUACUGAAUGAGCGAAAGAGUGAAUAUUUUGAUGCGUGCUUUCCAUGAAUUAUAAUUGGACUUUUAGGGGCAUUGAGAAUCAAUGAGAAAAAUGCAUGCUACAUGUGUAGUCAUUUAUUACAGAGUAUAGUUUUUGCAUGCAGGCGGAAGGAAAUUCAUUCGAAAGCCGGCAUCCUGAGGUGACUGAAAGAUUAUAGAAUUGCGUUGCAGGCUGACUAGUUUUACAACCCUACUUAAUUAAUCUAUUCGAAACGAAAGCGCAUUUCGGAAUUUCGGUUGACCCAUCAUGAGUUAGCCCACCCACUGUAAGUUUGAGGCCACACUGCACACCAGGAAUCAUUGGGUCAUAAAGAUGACUGGCCGUACUGCACUGCAGGCCGCGCACAGAGAGGGCUACACUAGUGGGUUGCCUCCUCUAGAGAACACUUUUGGCUCUCAGUUCAGGCUCCCUCCUAAACAUUACUGAUUAUAUGGAACAUAUACAGCUUGUAGUUUUGAAACACUGAAUGCAAGUGUAACAGCAGGUCGGGUUCAAAAUUAUUCGGGAAUUAGAAAAGGUUUUUAAAACCGACUUAAAUUUUUUUGAGUAUGAAAUUGGAAGAAGACGUGAUUUUCUACCGAAUACGUAAAAGAAUGAAUAUUUUUCUGCAUGUUUUCCAUGAAAUAUAAUUGAAUUUUCAAGGGCAUCGAAAAUCAAUGAGAAAAUGAGUGUAGAGCUUGCAUACAGCCGAAAAUAAGUUAUUUAAAAGCCGACACCCUGAGGUAACUGGAUCAUUAUAGAUUUAUGCUGCAUCAUGAUUGGUUUUACAACACUACUUAAUUUAUCUUUUCGAAACGAGAAGGCAUUUCGAAAUUUUGGUUGGCAUUUCAUGAGUUAGUCCACCUACUGUUGCUUACACAACGUCGCUCAUGAGGACAGGCAGCAAGUGAUAUUGACUGCACUGGUGUUUUGUGUGCAGAGAUGGUUGAUUCGCCACUUGACAGGAUACAAAGAAAAUAUACGUCUGUUUUUGCUUAGCCAGCUUAAUCGAACGGAGCACAGGAGUCCCCCUGAUUCCGAAGGUAAAUGCGCAACUCCAUCUCUACUACUCCAAUCCUGCCUACUUCCUCGUUAAAGUGACAUGACAGUUCGAUCGUCGUUACCGACAAUGUCCACCACAUGCUCCAACAUACCGUAGUGGAGCAGGGGGAAUCGCUUAUGCGUGCUUUGAUUUAUAUUUUGAUUUAUUGAAGUUCGCCAAACGCGUAUUAGAGUGUGUUUUGUCAAAUCUGUUGAGUGUAAAAUAGUUUGUAAAGAUUUAAUGCCCUUCCUUUUAUGCAUCCAGAUGCCGAAUGGAAGAGAAGAGGGGACCGCAAGGAACAGUCGUUUCUCCCUGAUUUCGGAAGUAAGUGCGCGAGUCUAUUUCUAAUGCCCCAAUCCUGCGUACAUGCUCGUUUAAGUAAUGAUGUGACUAUAUGUCACAGGUUUUUAUGUCUCGAUAGUUGACCUCUGGCGUAAAAGUUAUUCGGCUUUGAAUUAAAGAUGGAAAGAUAUCUGCUGUGUGUUGUGGGGCUUUAUUAUUCUGAGUUUAUAUAAGACUGAAGACGUUGAAGACCUCGCAUGUACAAGGCGUCGCGUUUGCAAAAGUCUCAUUAUGAUCUUUUUAAAAGUACAUUUAGUUAAUUACCCAGGUAAGAUGCGGUUAUGUAGCCCCACCUGAUGGAUAAAAUACAGUUGGUGUUGGGGCUAGGGGUCACGUUUAGGGUUUAGAGGUUUGGAGAACUAUUUCUCAAACACUACAUGUACAAUCGCGCAUUUUCAAUAGCUUUUCUUUUGCAUAUAACCACUCGAAUUUGUCGCCUGUACAUUGCCCGGCUCCACCCAUAAAACACCCUAUUACCAUCAGCCCUAUAGUACAGGGGGCUGGGGCUUUUUUACUGCAGUUGGGGCUACAUAACCACAUCUUACCGUUACCCGCUAUGAAAUUUAAAUCACCAUAUGUACAGUAGGUGGUCUAACUCUUGAAAUUUCAACCGAAAUUUCGAAAUGCGCUUUCGUUUCGAAAAGAUUAAUUAAGUAGGGUUGUAAAACUAGUCAGCUUGCUACAUAAUUCUAUAAUAUUUAAGUUAAAUCAGGAUGUCGGCUUUCCAAUGAACUUCCUUCCGGCUGCAUACAAAAAACUACACUCUGUAAAAAAUGACUACUUAAUGAGCAUGAAAUUUUCUCAUUGAUUUUCGGAGCCCCUAAAUGUCCAAUUAUAUUUCAUGGAAAACGGGCAUGGAAAUAUUCAUUCUUUGGCCCAUUUGGUAGACAAUUACGUCUUCUUCCAAUCAUACACUCGAAAAAAAGGUGAUAUUCGGUUUUCAAAAACUUUUCCAAUUUCCGAAUAAUUUUGAACCCGCUCCACUGUUACACUUGGAAUCGGGGUUUCCCAACUACAAGCCGUAUAUUUUCCGCGUACGGAAAACCACACAUUUCUCUACGGUAUUAAAAGGAGACCAUUCAGGGUUAAUAAAAUUCAGCAGUGGAUUCGAUCCACAUUGUUAACUUUAAAAGCCACAUUGGUAAAUGCAGAGUCAUGAGUUUUUAUGAACGGCCAUUUCACUGUUAGAAAAAGUCUCACGAUUAGAAAAUUUUUUAAAACCGAAUUAUCUCCGUCCUUCGAGUAAAAAAUUUCAAGAAGACGUCCUUUUCUACUGAAUGAGCGAAAGAAUGAAUAUUUCGUUUCGUGCUUUCCAUGAAAUAUAAUUGAACUUUUAAGGGCAUCGAGAAUCAAUGAGAAAAAUGCAUGCUACAUAAGUAGUCAUUUUUUACAGAGUAUAAUUUUUGCAUGAAGCCGGAAAGCAUUUCUUUUGUAAGCCGGCAUCCUGAGGUAACGGAAUUGUUGUAGUAUUAUACUGCGGGCUGAUCUAUUCUACAAUCCUACUUAAUUAUUCUUUUCGAAACGAAAACGCUUUUCGGAAUAUCGGUUUAAAUUUCAUGAGUUAGCCCUCCUACUGUUUGCCGCUCACCGAAAGAACGACAGCAGUGAACUGCGCCUUCUAACGAACAUUAACGGCCCUCAGUAUGCUUCCCCUCCCAAAUAUUACUGACCUUCUUACGAAACGAUUCCACGACAAACGUUCUUCUCUCAUUCGGUUCCGAGCAGCUUAUACGACACUGCUUACGAGGGUAGGAAGUAGAUGACAAUGAGUACAGUGAUUCCAAUGGUGCAUAGUGGCUACAGUGAGAGUGCAGACUAGAGUAGGCUGGUCGGUGGUUCGAGCGUUCGACCAUCCGGCCUCUACGCCCUUUAGACCUGUUCUUGUGAUGGACACUGCAGUUCAUUAUGCAACAGCAAAAUCAAGGUGACUAAUUUUGAAGUAUGCGAUGGGCGACCCUGACAUGACUGACUACCUUUAUGAUCAAUGCCUUUUGCAGUCGGGUGGAUGUUAGUCCUAUUUUAUUUUGGUUAGUUCUGCCUAAAAUAGACUUGAAUCGGCAACCCAAGCUAACGCGACCGCAUACAGAUGCGCCGUUAUUCCUAUCUCUCUUUCAGGUAUCCGUGAAUGGUUGGGAAAACAGAAGUCUGCGCACUAACUUCUUCUGUCUCGAAAAGUCCCCGGAGAACCAUUAAAAAUUAGACCAAAAGACCAGUAUGAUGGACAGUCAAUCAGUCUCCAUUCUCUUUACUCAGGCAUGAACUGUUUUCUGUCGAGUAUCUCAAUCUCAGCCUUGUGGAAAUCCUCAUAGCUAUAUUCAGAAGAAUAGGUGGCCAACGAACGUUGCUUUCAAUACCUUCUCGUCGGGCCAUUACUGUUAUAGGGGACGGAGUACAGUGAGUGAAAAAAUCGAUAAAAUUUAGUUCUUAAAAGACAGGCUAGGCAGGAGCGGAAGGGCGCAGAAAGUUGUAUGUGGUUAGUCAACCUUUGACCACGGUAAGCGCGGAGCUUGAGCGAGGUUCUUCUGGGCGCAUAGGGUCCGUUUUCGUAACCUGAUUGCGACCGCUUCUGCUGUUGCUAACAGCUCUGGCCCAGUAGUUUAGGGUAGUUCGAGGGGACCUUAUAAAUCACACAAAAUGCCUCAGUGGGAUCCACACGAUGCCCUGAAUCCACUGCAUGCGCAAGAAUGGCGCUGUCAAUUCUCCUAGUUUCAGCAAUUGCCAACCAUGCCGGAAGGUGCUCUCUUAUUCCUUUGGAAAGGCGCCGACUCGUACGGCCAUUUUAACCUGCUACAGAGGAGCAAGUGAAUGAGCAGAUGCAUGGCUGCCACCUCAGACCGUCUCAAUUUUAUCGAUUUUUUCACUCACUGUACUCCGUCCCAUAUAACUGUACUGGCUUGACAAGUUGUUAUCGAAAGCAACGUUCGUUCGCCAUCUUUUCUUCUGACUAUCUCAAUUUCACUGUCAUUAGUACUGCAGGUAAAUUUUGAGAAGUGCUAAAUAUUGUGCAAAAAACUGGGAUUAGUGAUUUUAAGAAGUAUGAACCAUCUAAAGAAGGUAGAUGCACGAAAUGGUACCGACCCUGACGAGGGCGACUGAAAUGACUUCCGUAACGGGGUGAAGUGGGAUAGCUUCUUCGCCUCUGAGGCCUAUAAAUUAAUUCCCAAAGGCACAAAAAGAUGAGUAUAAUUCACAUCCUCCGUGGUGGUCGCCCGUCUCACGAGAGCAUAUGAUGGCAAUUUUAGGAGUUAGCCUCUUUAAGCAGUCGAUUAGGCGAGGUUUGUUUCUGCAGCUCAACUUCAUUGAUACCAUACGAUCGGCUUCCUUAAACACUUUUAGCCAAUGCAGGUACGCGUUUGCGUCUUUCUUACCAUUUUAAUCCAACGAGUGACUGUGCCACGUGGAGAGGAGUGCUUAUACGCCAGCCUCGUUUACAUGAGGUAUCAGUUCACACGCGCUUCCCUGCGCGAGCAUCCAACCCGGCUUACGCCCUCUUUAUUAUACUAAUCCAGCGAGUAUGUAAGUGGCUUUGCUAAUGGAAUUGUUUGGAUGGAUUGGAACUCCGUCGGUUGCACUACAAUGGCCAUGCACUGCAAAUUACCACGCGGUUCCAUCCGUGGCCUUCCAGUCGUGAUGGCACCCUAUUUAUCCUACUAAUCCAACGAGUGGCUCUGUCGCGAGGAGUGUGUGAACACGCCAUCUUCACUCGCAUCCCUGCGCGUGUUUCGAGCUGAGCUUGUGUUCUCUUUUCUUUCCUAAUCCAGCGGGUGACUAAAUUAGGUACGCUAAGUAAAAUUAUUUUAGGAAGCUAACCAUAUGGCAUCAAUUAAGUGGGGCUGCAGAACAAACCUCACCGUCGAUUAUAUACCUGACUCGUGACAAUUCCGGCAGAUUGGAUUAUACCUGUCAAGAGCAGUGCACUGAUUCACAUUAGACAGAAUUCAGCCUAGAUACAGUAAGCCUCGUCAUAUGAAUUCCUGAAGACUCUUGAAAAUAAAACAUGUCCUAGUGAAUUAGACAGUGGCGCAGUGAAAUUCGGCUGAACAAAAACGCCGAACUUGAGCUGUGACACAUAACAACUGGUACAGUAGAUGGGCUAACGCAUGAAAUGUCGACCGAAAUUCCGGGAUGCGUUUUUCUUUCGAAAGGAUUAAUUAAGUAGGGUUGUAAGACUUAUCAGCCUACAGCAUAAUUUUAUAAUAAUUCAUUUACCGCAGAACGCCUGCUUUCGAAUGAACUUCCUCCCGGCUGCAUGCAAAAAGUAUACUCUGUAAAAAAUGACCACUUAAGUGGCAUAAAUUUUUUUCAUUGAUUUUCGAUGACCCUAAAGGUCCGAUUAUAUUUUAUGAAACGCAUGCAUAGAAAUUAUUCAUGCUUUUGCUCAUUCGAUAGAAAAUUACGUCUUCUGAUUUUAUAUUCGAAAGAACGGUGUAAUUUUGUUUUCAAAACUUUCCCAAUUCCCGAAUAAUUUUGAACCCGCUCUGCCGUCACACUUGCAUUAGGGGUUUCCAAACUACAAGCUGUAUAUAUUCCGCGUACGGAAAACCACACACAUCUCUAUAGUAUUAAAAGGAGACCAUAUAGAGUUCAACACAUUUAACAUUGUGCUUGAUCCAUAUUGUUAACUUUAAAAGCCACAUUGCUAAAUGCAGAGUCCUGACUUUUUAUGAACGGCCAUUUCACGGUUAUAAAAAGUCUCACAAUUAGAAACUUUUUAAAGCCGAAUUAUCUUAUUUCUUCGAGUGUAAAAUUGGAAGAAGACGUAAUGUUCUACCGAAUGAGCGAAAGAAUGUGUAUUUUCAUCAUGGUUUCCAUGAAAUAUGAUUAGACUUUUAAGGGCAUCGAAAAUCGAUGAGAAAAUUUCAUGCUACAUGAGUAGUCAUUUUUUACAGAGUGUAGUUUUUCAUGCAGCCUGAAGGAAGUUCAUUCGAAAGCCGACAUCCUGCGGUAAUUGAAUAACUAUAAAAUUAGUCUGAAGGAUGAUUAGUUUUACAACCCUACUUAAUUAGCCUUUUCGAGACGAAAACACAUUUGGGGAUUUCGGUUGACAUUUCAUGAGUUAGCCCAAGUACUGUACUCAGAUAAGCAGAAUCAGCGCAGACGGCGCUUCUGGAAUGUUUAGGAGGAUUUAAAAACUCUUUUCUCGGGAAACUUCCAAUAAAAAGAAUUCAUGGCUAGGGUAAAUUAUGGCAACGACGGGACCACUUCAGCGGGAAUGUCUGCUGGGACUGGGUCAAGUGCAAGCAAAUGCACAAGCAUACCUGUGCCUUGAUUGCUAAGGCGGUGUUUGAGGAGCUUUUUUGGCCUGGAAAACCCCGGCAGUACGGCUAAACAUAAAAUAAGUGCGUUGGUGCGUUCUCUUCUCCCAUUAACAAUCAAGUGGACUUGGAGUAAACACUCUGCGCAUUGCGUCCGACCUCUGCUCACCUGUUGAGCCGAUGUCUGCCCCUUAGCUUCUCAGACAGAGUGGAAGGGGACGGGACUACCGAAAAUUUGCCUAACUGUUCCAUCCUUCUCGGUGGCGUUCUCCUCCGGCUGGUCAGAAAGUUGACUGAAAUGAUGCCCGUAUUACGCUUCAGCAUUUCAGUCAUGUUAGAAAUUUCCUUAACUGGAAAGGUCUGCGCAGGCACUAGAGUUUGCAUAAAUAACACCCAGUCGCUGUGAUUGAGAGCUGCAAUGGCACUCUGCCGUGUGGUACUCUUCGCGAAUCUGACCGGUUAGUCAUACCAGGAGCUGAAUCAUGGCAGGUUCAAGUAGAUUUGGGCCCCUGUUACGGAGCUCACGGUCUCACCCUGUUUUGGCUAGAUGUUCGACGGUUCUCUCUCUUUCUCUCUCUCUCACACACACACGAACGCUGAGACAAGAAUAGAAUUGGAUGGCGCGCUGGAAUAGGCGGCUCUUCUUUGAUUUGCAUGGCGCGCUCUAUGUCAAAUAACACUUUGUUGGUCUGCAAAAUUUCCUUGAAAACUGCAGUUAUUAGUGUUUGUGGCAGUUGAAAUUCCUCCGUGUUUUAAAUCCCCUCAGCCCUGUCUACAUGAAGGAUAGUUUUGAUUUCGCAAGUCUUUUCUUCUGGCGCUUUUUAAGGGCUUAUCGCAAUAAUCAGAGCACCACGUUUAAGAUUGAAAAGGUCUCUAUGACUUUCGCUUGAGGUUAGAUGACCCUCUGAAGUACUUGGCAUUCGUUAACUGGGCUUGGCAUCACGCCGCUGAUGGUCGCUUCUCUGUCUGACAGCUUAGGAAGUCGAAAUUUGCGUGGAUUUGACUAACCAACUGUCACAUGGGAAGUUAUCUCUUGGUCCCGAAUUUCACUAUCUUCGUCGAGGUCUCGGUUAAACGGUCUUAGAAAUUCAGUUAAAACCUUAGCGAAUCGAAACUUUGCGCCAAAUACCCUAGUCUGCAGUGAUUGGUCAACAUCCGACAGCCAGUUAAAAAAACUAUAAUUUGAGUAUUUUUAGAAAUCUCUUGCGAUAAACAGCUGCAGCUGCAACAAUAAGGUUGUAAGAAGGAUUGCCAGUAUUGCUAGUGGAAAGGACGUGAUUAUGCGCCCGAAUAUAAAUCAGUAGUUUCAAACUCAGGAAUAGAUACUAUAAAGGAGAGUUGGUGGAGUCUAGCAUGUGCGACGUUGAACGGGGGGGGGCUUUAUGGCUCACGAUGUCUGGCUUCACAUGUGAAUUCAAUUGUAAACAAAUUGGCUGUGUCGGAAUGCCGUUUGUUUGAGUACACAAGCUACAAAAUGCCUGUCAACAAGGCUCUCUGUUAUGGUUAAAUUUUAAUAUUCAAAACUCAGCCUACAACGGGAGGAGUAAAUUUUAAGGUAACACAGGCUAAGGUCAUACAGCCACAGAGUGAUAGGUUUGGAUUACUUAACUGCAUAGUGAGGGUUAAUUCCAAGGGAACUCUAGGGUUCUCAUUGGAUGCGUACCACCUCCUCACUGACUCGCCUCUUUAUGCAACUGCCAGCAUCUGGGAUGCAGGCAUUCCUGCGUAUUAAAUUUAGAAUCUACUAAGGUGCUCUACGUAGACUGGCCUAGAUCUUCGUCUUGUCAGUUUGAACCUCCUGAUCGCUCCCACCUCCCUAAGUGUGCCUUAGAAGUUAGUGGUUAGAGUGCAGUCUCCUUGGGACGAUUCUGCAAUUUCCGUCUGGUAUCUCCGAUGUGAAGAUGACAAUCCAACAUAGACGACUAAACCCGGCGAUUUAUUAUACUUAAUAAAAUUAUUGACUCUUUUUUCGCUUUUAUCGAGGGAACUGUAGGUCCUCACCUUUAAACUUCCUAUUUGUUUACAAGCAACUGGAAAAUCUCAGAAACUGGGAAAGGCAUCAUAAAGGUAGCAAACAAUCGGAAAAGCGUCAACUCUGUACAGGUAAACAAACUGUCUCCAGUGUUUGUGGUACGAGCAGUAGUACAGUGGCCGUUUCGAGUGCAGGGAGAUGAAUAAUAUCUCCAGCGACAAAAGUUGCUUAAGUGCAUGCCAGUAAGCAUAAGCGAUGGACUGGAAACAAUAUGAAAUGCAAUUUAAAAGGCUACUGAAAUAAAGCAAGUAGUAUUAUAACAACCGUAUUUGUCAAGGUUACAGAGGUCGGGUGGUAAUUUAGCGGACACUGCUAUACAAAUCCAGCUUCUGUACCGUUCUGACGAGAAGCCCAAAAAAGGUUUGUUUGUAGUCAGCAAGACGACGGGUAACAUGUCCCUGGGAUAUUACCCUACAUACUUUACCUUAACUUUUCCCAAAAUCGGCCUGAAAUCAACUUUUUAGUCAUUCGUUUAGGUACGCGAACGAGGGAGGCAUACCGCAGAUCAAUUCUAGGCGAAAUGCAGGAAAGUACAGGUAGGAAAUUCUUCGACUUUUAAAUUUAAUAAAACUAGUAUUUAUAAGAGGGCAUUUGUGUCUACUGGAACCCUACUGAGUUUAAGCGAUAUUGAUUAGUCGUCUCCGGAGCCCGCGUGCAUGAUUAAUUAAACUUUCCUAUAAGUGAUAGGUUCGACCGAACUAAAGUCUGCAACUGAUAACCCAAGUUGCUUGAGAUUACCAGAGUAAAAAUAGUAUUUACAAGACAUAAUUCAGAUUUUUUAGGAAAUAAAUAAUAAUUACUUUACAUCCUGAAUGAUUUCUACUGAGAAAGAUCGAUGAACGAGGCCAGAUUUGGAAGAAGAUGGGCGGACGACUGUGUAAUGAGAUGUGUGUCACCACCGUGCGUGGUGAAUGGGGUUCGGUUGAGGUUUGGGCUGUUUUCUGGAAACCGGUAAAUGCAGUCGUCGAUGUCGCACUGCUCAUGAUUUUAGAAAAAAGGUUUCAUAAUAUUUAAUGUUUUAUAAAGUCAGCUUGUUUAUGAUUAAACUUACCGGAUGAUUCCCUGAACACCGGAGCCGUAAACACACUCCCCGCUCAGGCCUGCCUCUGGGUACACCAUUCUCCCCUGGACACCCCUAGGCUUCACUUAGAAUGUGGCAAAAGGAGGACAGAUGUCACCAGACCGGUCAUGAUGGCUGCCCGCUACAAGCAUACUGAGACCAGUUGAAGUUCUAAUUCAGCAUAAGGUUGGGCAUACUUGAUGCAUCUAAAUAAGCCAAAGGUGACACAGUGCCAACUUGUUUUUUGCCGGCCCGACACACCCCGCAGAAGGUUCUGUUUUAAUCUCGCAGCGCGCACGCAGUGAGAUGCAUAUAGUAUAUUUUAGGGUGGUCGGCAAUGCCCUUGAUGACCCUAAUGAAAACGGUGCGCACAAUAUAAAUGUUAAAUACACAUCGUACCAACAUUUUGCCAGUAACAUAUUAGUUUACGGAAAAAAAGGUUCUACAGUGCUGGACUGCGAAUGGUGCGGUAUACGUUCUUUUCCAUGUACAUAUGAAAUUUUAAGUGCAAUUAUAUACAAUCAGCAUAAAGUGCAGUCAUUUGCGUAGUUUGCGAGGAGAAAUCUCAUGAAACGUCAGGAACGCGUUACAUAGGGAUGAAAUCAGGAAAUAAAAUUCAGGGCUGGGUGCAGAUAGUCCUGCAAUGGGAGUCGUCGUUUAUCAAAGAUCAAACGAUCCAGCUGCCUUGUGAAUACAGCCAUUGUAUCAGAUGUCCCUAUUUCACUUGGGAGUGAGGUCCACGGUCGAACAACAGGCUGGCUUAAAGAAAACUUCCGAUGGUGUAAGCGUUGUCAUUUUAAGAAAUCUUCAGAGCACGGAAUUCUGAUAGAUAACUCAAGCAGAAACGAUUAUUUGGGACGUCAUUAAUGCAUUCUCGAUUGUCCUGAUAACGAUUUCUAUGCUUAACAUCGAACACACACGCUUGCAUGUAAAUUAAACUUUCCAGAUAACUUGGAAAGAUUAUUAAAGAACAGUGUUCAUUGCUGUGAGGGUAAGCAGACUUACCGACUUGUGCGCACUCGAAUCACCCUCCACUAUGGCAAGGCUUCAGACAAUCGAGCCCGUUGACAAGACUCUAUUUUGAACGGGUAAGGUGUCCUUAUGUAGCCUCACCUGAUGGAUACAAUACUGCUGGAGUUGGGAUUAGGGGCUGUUUAAAAUGCAGUAAGCAAGUAAAGGCUGUAAGCCGAGGAGGACACAUCUGACCACCUAACUGUGAUCGACAGUACCACCGGAGGAUAUUAUCCCUUCUGAGGUCUGUGGAGUACGAACCAAACAGACAGACCAACUUUUUCCCCUAAAACCUUUCUAUCCGUUCAUGUAAUUGCCACGACCUCUCUCUGAUCAUCCGUUGCAAUUGUCGCGAGCGAAAUGGUACUUCGAUCGAAUUGAUAGCAGUGCAUUGUGGUUGCGUAUUUCACAGUGCUCGCGAGGUUUUCUAGGCAUCUGGAUUUAGUCGGCGGGUCUAAACGCCCCACCCGUAUUACCACCCUGCAAAACGGAGUACUUAUUACGAGGACGCAAACCAAGGUGGGCACAUGUGCACACCUAACUGUGGCUGUCUGCAUCACGGCAUGUCAUCUGUCAAGUACAAAGCUCUACUUGGCAAUUCAACAGACAGACCUACCUCGGUUUUUUAAAGUCUUUCUCCGUACCGGUCAUGCGUUCAUUCUAGGUGGAAAACCCUGAGGAUAUAAAUUGCAAUCCUUGUAAGCCCAUUGGUCAUGCAAAAACAUCGACAGUGGCGCAGUGUGGCGUCAAAUUUCAGAAUGCUUGCGACAAUUUUUAAAUUAACGAACUGCCCAUCGUUUCUGAUCAUUAGUUCAGCUGAGGUGCAUUUCAUUCUACUAGUGAAUGUUUAAUCUUUAGAAUAUAUUGACAAGUGAAAACUUAUGGUUCCUAAAAUGAACAGUCUUCCAGAGUAGACGCAGCAGAAACGUUAUUUCAUAGUUGUGGACUGGGUUAUCGAAGAGCGCACGAAAAGGACUUCAAAUAUGCAGUGACUGUGAACAGGUACUCCGGGUGAAUAAUAAUAUCUGAAGGUCAUUGAAUGAUUAAUGAUUCCUAGUUGGCGCCUUAUAAGAUGAGGCGGCUUUCAGAAAAGAAUCAGGUGCUUAGCUAACGAAAUUUAAAGCAGAAAUCAGACAGCUGUAGGCGAAAAAGCUUUGGCACGGUGACCAUAUCCGCAAAUGCGACUGUAGCCUGCACUAGACCCAAUGGAGUUCUUAUACUGAGAAAUGAGCAAGAAAAUAUUUAUGAGCAUUUUCAUAUGUUUGAUAAGCAUCUCGUGAUUUUUUAUUUGUAGACCAAUCUGUACCGGAAGCACCACCACGAAGCAAGCGUAAGACCUAUUCUGCCUCUAGAGUUUUUAAGUUGAGAGUUAAUUCCAGUAUUUUCUGUGAAUUUGACAUCUACUGUGAAGGAUAA